UAAAUCCUGCAAAUCUAAGAUAAUUUAUUACUUCGAGAUAAUACGAUUAAAUUAGGUGACGUGGCAUGACACAACACCUUCGAUAUCUCCCACCAAUAAAUAAAAGCCAUAGUGAGCUCUCUCACAGAUUCAACCAAAAGCCUCUCCCAAAAUCUCAAAACACCGAUCCAUUUCUCCGGCGAUAAAUCGACGAUCUCGAUCCGAUGGCGAAGGAACCAGUUCGCGUUCUCGUUACCGGUGCUGCAGGACAAAUUGGAUACGCUCUUGUCCCUAUGAUUGCAAGGGGUAUCAUGCUAGGUGCUGACCAGCCCGUGAUCCUCCACAUGUUGGAUAUUCCCUUUGCUGCUGAAGCUCUCAACGGUGUCAAGAUGGAGUUGAUCGAUGCUGCUUUCCCUCUUCUCAAAGGUGUUGUUGCUACAACUGAUGCUGUUGAGGGAUGUACUGGAGUCAAUGUUGCUGUUAUGGUUGGUGGUUUCCCGAGGAAAGAAGGAAUGGAGAGGAAGGAUGUCAUGUCCAAGAAUGUCUCCAUUUACAAGUCCCAGGCUGCUGCAUUGGAGAAGCACGCCGCUCCUAACUGCAAGGUUCUUGUUGUUGCAAACCCUGCAAACACCAACGCACUGAUCCUGAAGGAAUUUGCACCAUCCAUCCCCGAGAAGAACAUCACUUGUUUGACAAGGCUUGACCACAACAGGGCCUUGGGUCAGAUCUCUGAGAGGUUGAGCGUGCCCGUCUCUGAUGUUAAGAACGUGAUCAUCUGGGGAAACCACUCAUCCACGCAGUACCCAGAUGUCAACCACGCCAAGGUGCAGACUUCGUUUGGAGAGAAGCCUGUCCGCGAGCUCGUCAAGAACGAUGAGUGGUUGAAUGGAGAAUUCAUCACUACGGUUCAACAACGUGGAGCUGCAAUCAUCAAGGCGAGGAAGUUGUCAAGUGCACUAUCUGCUGCUAGCUCUGCAUGUGACCACAUCCGUGACUGGGUCCUUGGAACUCCAGAGGGUACAUUUGUUUCCAUGGGAGUAUACUCAGAUGGCUCUUACAACGUUCCAUCAGGACUUAUCUACUCCUUCCCUGUCACUUGUCGCAAUGGAGAGUGGGACAUCGUCCAAGGGCUUCCGAUCGAUGAAGUAUCAAGGAAGAAGAUGGAUUUGACUGCAGAGGAGCUGAAGGAAGAGAAGGACUUGGCCUACUCUUGCCUCUCUUAAACCAAUACUCACCUUCUCAAUCAGGUGUGAGAUCAAUAAAGCUUUUAAAGCUUUGUCGAAAUAAAGAAUGGGUUUUAAAGAUCUCCAAACACUGUCCCUGAGCUGAUAUCUUGUACUCUGUUUUUCUUUGUCUGAUUUUGUUUACCAUAGUAAUAAAAAAAACUACAUUCACUAAACUAAAAUUAGAAAUCGAAUCACAAACAAUAGGCAUUA